AUGUCAUCAAACAAUCAAUACAGAGACAGAUCGGAAAGAUACGGAGGCAGCGACAAUCGAAACCGCAAACGUUCACGAUCAGGCUCUCCACCCCCGUGGCGCGGACGUGACAAACCUUCUUCGUCAUCCCGUCGCGAUCGCGAUCGCGAUUCGGAACGACCAAACCACGGUAGAUCAGGCAGAGGGGAUCGAGAUGGUGAAAGAGGAGGAAGAGGCGGCGGAGCAGCGGGACGAAACCGAGACGGAGAUAGAGAUAAUCGCCGUGAUCAAGACUCCUUCGCCAAAGAGCAAACCCGCCGGAAUGCUUUACAAGAGGAAGAACAAAUGCGGGAAUGGGUCUCGCAAGAGGACGUGUUUGUGCUUAAACAGGCGAAAAAGAAGGCAGAAAUAAGGGUUAAAGAGGGACGGGCGAAACCUAUAGAUUUCCUGGCGGUAAAUCUUAGGGUCAUUGAUAAGGACAGAAAUCCGUUGGAUGAUGAGAUUGACGACGCGGAUUUGGAUAUCGUGGAUCCUGAGGGUGUGUUUGAAGGCCUUGGGGACAAUGAGCUUGAGGCGUUAGAAAAGGAUAUCGCAGUUUAUCUGGAUUUGGAGACGAAUAAGGAAAACAAGGAAUACUGGGUGACCAUGAAAGUCAUAUGUCAAGACCGUCAGCGAAAAUCAAAGGCAGCUGCACCCGAAGGAAGAGCAGUGAGCUCAGUGGCAACUGAUAUUGACAAACUCUUGUCCAACAAAUCUCUUACUGAACUUGAAACUCUGGAAAAACAAAUAACCCGGAAACUCAGGUCCAACGAACCUAUUGAUGUCGAUUACUGGGAGCAGCUGCUACGAAGUCUGAUCGUUUGGAAAGCAAAGGCUCGCUUAAAAAAGGUCUAUGAAUCAGUUAUUAAUAGUAGGCUUGAUAUGCUGAGAAGACAACAGAAGGAAGAGGCUGAGAACAUCCGACGAAAAUUGGAGGUUGUCCUAUCUGGACCAUUACCUGUUAAGGAAAUCGAAGCAGAUGGUGAUGAGAUAAUGGAUGAAAAUGCAAAUAAAAACGAAGGAAGUGCCAAAAAACAGCCUCUUAGGGAGAGGAGACCGAUUCAGUACACACGGGACAUGGACCCAGAACCCAUGCUAAAAUUAUCCUACGAAGACAAAGGCCUGGAGCAAAUGGAUGAGAAGGAUUUUUUGCGUAAACUAGCCGCGGAAAGAUUGAAGGUAUUGAAGCUUGGCUAUGUGCCCAUCAAGCGUGGCACAGCUCCUCACGAAAAAUCAAGAGAUGGCGGCCGAAACAGAAACAGAUCGUCCAUGAAUGAUGCUGGCGGUAGUAAAAAUGGCGGUGCAAUAUCUAGAUUCAGUGCCAUCCCUAAUGACGAUUUCUCUCAAGCCACAAGGGCUCUCUACGAGAGGGAAGUCGCCAGAGGCGUCGGUGACAACGAGGAAAUCUUCGCAACAGAAGAAGAAGUCCAAACGGCCUCAAAAUCAUCGUGGGCUAGUAAAUACCGACCUCGAAAGCCACGUUAUUUCAACCGUGUACAGAUGGGAUACGAAUGGAAUAAAUACAAUCAAACACAUUAUGAUCACGAUAAUCCACCUCCAAAGGUGGUACAGGGGUACAAGUUCAAUAUCUUUUAUCCAGAUCUUAUCGAUAAAACGAAAGCCCCGACUUAUCGGAUUGAAAGAGAAGGGGGGAGGAAGAGGGGUCAAUCCUUUGCACCGGCAGGCGAGGAUGAUACUUGCUUGAUCAGGUUCAUUGCAGGGGCCCCAUAUGAAGACAUUGCCUUCAGAAUCGUCGAUAAGGAAUGGGAUUACUCUGCCAAGCGGGAGAGGGGAUUUAGGAGCUCUUUUGAAAAGGGUAUCUUGCAACUACAUUUCCAGCUUAAGAAGGUACGUCAUCAGUCGGCUAGCUAG